UAAAAUAUAUAGUUUAGUUCUUUUUACAUAGUUAAAUUAGAAUAAACUUCUUUUUUUUUUGAACAAUUAUUUGAUUCUAUUCACCAUAAUGUAUUUGUACUCCGUCUGAAAUGCAAGCGAAUAGAAGAUUUUGUCAAACUAGGGACUGAUUGAUAUCAUUCUGUACGCCAUUGUUUGCAGAUUCAUUAAGUCUUAAAAAUAAUUCUUUUCGUUCUAAACUGUAGUCACACUUUUUCUUUGUUUCAACUGACUUCUUCCUCAAAUACAAUGCCAACAACUGAAUCAGAACAAAAUGUAAAAACAUGGAUAAAUAAACCUCAUAGUUUCGAUAAUACAGAUACAGUUAGUCGAGUGUCUUCAGUUUCGACUACUAUUGCGGAAGACUUGGCUGAUAUCCAUCUCGACACAAAAAACGAAUAUGUACUCUCUACUAGUAAAAGGUCAUCCUUAUUAGAAAACAGACAAUAUCCUUCAUUGCCUCCAUCACCACCACCACCGAUACCACCGUCAGUCUUAGAAAAAUCAAGUGUUAGCAGUUAUCGUAAACGGAUAUCAACACUUGGUGCAAAACGGAAAUCUUUCAGUCACGCUACCAAAACGCUAAACUUUUUUACAAAGAAUGAAAAAUUCAAUAGACCAAAAAGUAUGGAUUUGUUUACUAUUCCAACGCCAUCACCUACACCAGUCAAAACCAAAAAAAGAAAAUCAUUUGAUAAAGAAAAACCAUUACCAGCCGUACCUAUAGAACAAAAGAGAGACUCAGAAAGGAAAAUGUCUUUAAAUGAAGAAUCAAAGAUAAAAGAAGUGAAUUUUGAACCACUAAGAUUACGAGAUAUCACAAUGAUUCUUGAUAGAAACGAACGCAUGUUAGCUUAUAAUAAAGCUUUUGAACGAUGUAUUAAUACUGUUAGUCCAUUAAAAGGGGUUUUCAAGUCAUUAAAAAAGAAACCACCAUGUCCGCCUGUUCAUAAAGAUCAAUAUGAAUCCGUGAAAAUAAAAACCCCUAAAAAAGCCCUUACAUUACCUUCAUUGAUUGCUAAGAAAAAUGGUGCAUAUUCAUCUUUGAAAAUAUAAAGUCAGACUUUAUGCCAGUGAAUAUCUCAUCCCCUACCUGAUAGUAAUUAAUAGUGCAAAAAGAAGAGAUGGAUAUCUUCAUAAAGUGAUUAAUAAAGUUAAAUAUGUUUGGGAAAAGGAGAGGAGAAAAAAAAAAAAAAAUAAACUAUGUUGUGUCACCUUGUAGAUGUAUUCUCACGGUGUUACCAAUGUACGUCUGAUUCAGCCCUCCAGCUAAAAAAAAAAAAAAGAAAAAGAGA